AUGGGUGGAGGCCUAGAUGACUUCGAACCUGGUCAAGAUUUGGCUUUGACAGAGGUUUCUUAUUUCUCUGAAGCUUCUCGUGCUUCUGAUUUACUACUGAAACCUGCAAGAACCUUAGUCCUACUUGGCUGUUCGGGCAAUGGGAAAAGCGCGACUGGGAAUAGCAUUCUCCGAAGAGAGGCAUUCGAGUCGAAAGUAAGGGCAGCAGCUGUUACCAAAGAAUGUGAGCUAAAGACUACUAAGCGACCAAAUGGACAGAUCAUCAAUGUUAUUGAUACUCCUGGACUUUAUAGUUUGCUCCCCUCAAAUGAGUCUACCAUAAGAGAAAUAUUAAAAUGCUUUCGUCUAGCCAAAGAGGGGAUCAGUGCGGUGCUUAUGGUUUUUUCCUUGAAAAGUAGGCUAACAGAAGAGGAGAAAUCUGUUAUUUCUGUGUUAAAGGUCAUUUUUGGAGAUGACAUUGUUGACUACUUGAUUGUUGUUUUCACCAAUGAGGACUCACUUAGUGAUAGCAAUGAGACUUUGGAUGGCUAUUUGGAGGGCUCUCCUGAUUUCAAGGAAAUUAUUGCGGCGUGCAACAACCGCAAGGUUCUCUUUGAUAAUAGGCUCAAAAUAGUUAAGCGCAAGAAAGCCAAGCAAGUUCAGGAGCUUCUACAACUUGUUGAAGAAGUUGUGAGGAAGAACAACAAAAAACCAUUUCUUCUUGAUUUAUCUCAUAAGCCUAUGGAAAAUGAGGCUGUAGUUGAAGAAAAGAAGAAAAAGAUUAUAGAAAUGAAGGGUCAUUACACAAAACAAGAGAAUUCACCUCAUCAUGAGUUCAGCCGAAGGGUAGAGAAGGUGGAAGAAACAACAAGUUGGCUGGAGAAGAAACUAAAUGAGGAGCAAACUGCAAGACUUGAAGCAGAAGAAAAGGCGAAAAAACAGAUUUCGAAGCUGAAGAAGAAACUCGCGGAGGCAGAAAAAGAACUCAAGAAAAAGGAAGGAGGAAGUUGCAUCGUUCUUUAA